AUGUCUACGCCACCCACUUCUACUAACAACUUGGAAUCUACCAAGUCAGAGUCUGCCAAGAAUGGAACGCUUCAAAACAGCAACCAGUUGCUAUCAACGGUCAACGGGAAACAUUACCCGCAGGCAGCGGUGCCCGCUAUAUCCAACGGGCUGAGUCAGCAGGUGCCCACGCCGGCGUCGUCCAACGGGCACUACCAAUUGUACUCUCUGCCGGCGACUACCAGCAACGGGCACCCGGGAACGGGCAGCGGACUCAGCUAUGGUGUGAGCUCCUAUGGAGUUCACUAUACUGGCAAUGGCAACGUAGGAUACUCGCCUAACGUGAGCGGUGUCCAAACGGUGAGGCCUCCUACUAACGUUGUAUAUCCGUUCCGGCCCAACGGAGGCUACAACAUGCCGAAUGGAGGUAACGGCUCCGUGAACGGCGUGAUGGUGGAUGGUCGUUACGUAAGGCAAGCCUGGCCUGUGAGUGCGACCAACAAAGUCGUGAAUGGGGUGAAGAAACAAAAGAGGAACCGGACUGCCUUCACAAGCCACCAGAUGGUGGAGCUCGAGCAGGAGUACGCGAGGGCCCGUUACCUAGACCGUACUCGAAGAAUCGAGCUAUCCACCAUACUAGGCUUAAAUCAGCGGACGGUCAAGAUCUGGUUCCAGAACAGGCGCAUGAAGGAGAAAAAAGACCGUCUUGAAGAAGUGGCAGAUUGUGAUCUGCCACCUGCAAAUAUGGGCGACCUGCCCAUAUAUGUUCAAGACGGUCAGCAGUGCGUUCCAGUGGGCAUCGGAAACGGCCAUUUUAAUCCGGUAUUGUGUGCAGAGAUGCCGAUGCCGUCGGUGCCGAUGCCAUCGGUGUCAAUGCCAUCGAUGUCGAUGCCAUCGGUGCCGAUGCCAUCGGUGUCAAUGUCAUCAGUGCCGAUGCCAUCGGUGUCGAUGCCAUCUAUGUCGAUGCCAUCAAUUCCGAUGCCGCCAAUGGCGAUGCCUCAAAUGCUGCCUCAUGCGCCUACGUCUCCAUGCCUUGAGAUGCCAUACGUACCAGGAAACGCUAUUCAGGUCAAUGGCGUUCAAGCCCAACAACUACAGGAUCCGGCUCCAGCGAGUGCGGGCACAGAAAACGCUGCUGGAGCUAAUAAUACCGAAGAAAAUUGGGACCUGUCUUGGAUCCGCAGCAUCAACAUCAGUGAUGAUUUGGAACAGUGA